AUGGCAUCCGAUCUCUGUGAACUUUGUGCCAAGCCACUUCGAGGCGAACCACAAAAAGAGCUGGUUUGCGAACAUGUGUGCCAUGAAGCCUGCGACAAAGAGAUGCAAAACUUUGUGGGAACUGCAAAUCCGUGCCAGUGCAAACGUAGCAGCCAAGCCUGUUCUACAGAGGAUCUACUCCUACAUGAAUCUGGCAUUGCCUGUGUCAGGAGCGACCAUGUGCGCUCAGUGAGACUCCUGAAGGAACUCUUGCGAUCGAAGCCGUCUAAAAACACAGAAGCCCGGGCCUUUAUGGUCCUGGGGCAAGCCUAUGCCAGCGGGCGAGGUGUGAAGCAGGACAAGCUGAUGGCAAAAGAGUUCUGCGAUAAAGCGAGCGAAAGUCUGGAAGAGGCCAAGAGACAGGAGGAAAGUCAGCGACUUUCGAAGAGCCUGGAGCGACGAAGAUACUUCCUCUACGCGAAACACGGAUGCAGCCGCGGCAGCGAAUGCCCAUGGCCACACAAGGAGCCCUCACCGAGAAGGCGUGAAUCGGAAGCCCCGCAAGCUCAGGAUGAGAAGAAACCUUGGAGAUCCGGGAAACUCUGCAGAUAUUUUGAAAAGGGAUACUGUCGAGACGGCAGUCGUUGUCGCUUCUCACAUAGGGAGGAAGCGAAGGACGAGAGAACGGCGACUGGAGGAUCCACCCAUCGGGACCUGAAGCGGUCGGAGCUAUCAUCACCCAACAGGACGCCCAUCAAACGAAAAAGCCGAUCAGGUGCUGCUGGGUCUCCUCGGAUGCAAAGGAGACAUCGGGCUCAAGAUAGCCGCUCACCUACGAGGCGUCAUUCAGGCAGAGGUGGACGGGAUGUGCUUCCUUCUCCAAAGAGGAGACAUCGGGCUCAAGAUAGCCGCUCACCUACGAGGCGUCAUUCAAGCAGAGGUGGACGGGAUGUGCUUCCUUCUCCAAAGAGGAGACAUCGGGCUCAAGAUAGCCGCUCACCUACGAGGCGUCAUUCAGGCAGAGGUGGACGGGAUGUGCUUCCUUCUCCAAAGAGGAUCACCGGGCGACAUAGCCGCACACCUCCGAGGCAACCGGAUGGCCGUCCAAAGGAAGGUGAAUCGGAAGUGCCAUCCAGAAGGGCACCUGUGCGGCAAGAAAUCCGAUCGCCUGUGCCUCCGCAAAGGAGACAUCCUGGUGAAGGGGAUCCAAAAAAGAGUGCUUCAACCACUGUUGCGCGUUCUGAGCAGACUGGAGUAGCGGAUCAGAUAGCCCCAAAUGUGGCGUGUCCACGGGCUCAUAGCAGAUCCAGAACCAGGAGACGCGAUCGAGAUGCGGCUAAGAAGGUUGCCACGACGGCACGGCCCAAACGGCAGAGCGCUCCACCUCCAAGACCUGCGGACGGCACAGCAGUCUGGAGUGCAGGGCAAAAGGGAAAGGAAGCAGAGAGGAGGCCCACCAAAGAAGUGCAAGUCCCAAAGCCAGUUGAAGCCCCACGGCCCAAGCGUAAAGCCGAGGGCUUCGACAGCCCACGACCCAAGAGGAAGGCGGAAGGCUUCAGUGAAAGCGACUGCAGCGAGGAACCUGAGGCAGAGGCAGCGGCAGAAACUCCACCGGCGAAGGAAAAUGAGCUGAAAGAUGAAGCUCGUGCAGCUCAAAAGCCAUCAGCCAAAGAACCAGAUGAUGAUCAGGAAAAGAGGUGGAAUUCCUUCGUAGAAUUUGCCCAGGAGGUGGAGUUCCCGGCAUCAGCAGCAUCCACUCCAGCACCAGCUGCGGCGGCAGCGGCCCCAGCGGCCCCAGCGGCACCACCGGCCCCAGCGGCCCCAGCAGCAUCAGCAGCAUCAGCAGCAUCAGCAGCAUCAGCAGCAUCAGCUGCCCCGGCCCCAGGCGCGCCAGCCAUACCGGCCGAGGCGGGCACCGUGGAGUUUCCCAAGCCGGUGCCGAAGCGAAAACCGGGGCACAGCCUUGCGAAAACUCGAGAAACACUACGACCAACGGAAAAAACAGAGAACGAGACUGAGAUGCAGGCCCUGGACCCAGAUCUUGCUGCUCAGCCACCUAGAAAAGAAGCAGUCGCUAAGCCAAGACCAUCUGAGAAAGUCACAGAGGUGCCACUUGCUGAGAAGGUAAAGGAAGAGCCAAAGCCAAAACCAACAGAGAAAAUACGGGAGGCUGCAGAAGUCGCCAAAGACACUGCGACAAAGCCCAAGCCCAGCGGAAACGAGCUGUCCACGCAGGCCAAUGCGGCCCCUGCGCCUGACCCUAUGACGCUGGAGGUUUCAAGUGACGAGGAGGCCUCACCAAAGCCUGCGCGCGUACCCCGACGCCUGCCACGACCGAGCAAAGGGGUUGAAGGCUCCAAGGGCUCACAGGCUGUCCCCAUACAAAAGCAAGCUGUGCGCCGGACUGUUCGAUCGGUCGGCAAGGCUGCGCAGGAAACAAGACCUGUCGGAGGUGAAGACAAAGCCGCAGACACCGAGGAGACCAAGCCGAAGCGUAAGAGACGCCUCCCAGGACGCCUUCCAGGCCAAAAGAAGGAGGUGACAGUCCAUGAACCUGAGCCACAAACGCAAGAAAGCGAGAAUGAGGAACCAGCUGAUUCCAGAGCAGUACCCGUGCAGGUGCAAGCAGCCCCAGCGACCCCAGCGGUCCAACCUGUGCCACAUGCACCGGCACCACCGGCACCGGUACCAGCACCGGCACCACCGGCACCGCCGCCACUGGCACCGGUGCCGCCCACCCGGUCACCGGCGCCAGUGGCGCAAUCUGCGCCGUCGAAGCCAUCCGCGGCAUCCGCGGCAUCUGCACCAUCUGCACCAGUAGCACCCAGCCGGCCACCUGUGCAGCCACUGGUGCCAGCACCGGUGGAACCAUCGCCACCACCGGUAGCGCCAAAGCCGAGCAUGAGAGCACAAAAACCACAGCUUCCGAAGCCGUCACAGAAGCAGGUCCAGGAGGCUCCGGCUGUGCAAUCAUCAGUGCCGCGACCCACGAAGCAGCAGAAGCUUCUUCAAGUGCCGCCGCGGCCAAAGCCAACGCACAAACAGGAACAGCAAGAGGUUCAGAUGCAAAAAGGGGACCAAGAGGAUAAAGAAACCUCUCCUACCAAGAGCAAGCCUUUAGAUCAAGAGGAGGUGCCGCUCCAAACCACAGAUCCUCCGCCUACACCCAUCGAACUCAGCUCACAGGAAUCGCCUGCAGCACAAGCCCCUGCAAGCCCAGAAAUUAGCGAUGGGGUGGAGCCACCUUCCCAACCUGCAGAACAAACCCAAGAUCCACCGCCGCCGCCACCUGCUUUCACUGCCAAGGAGCAGGAAUUCUAUGACUGGCUUAAAAGCUUCGGAGGUGCCAAACCUGGUAUCAUGCUUAUGUACUUUGAUGCGUUGAAGGACCAGUUUGACUGCGACCUCGAGCAGCUAAAAAGCACCGUCAUCAUUGACAAGUUGGAAAAGGAUGGCAGCGUGGUGGACACCAUCGAGCCAAGCCUUUGGGCCAGCUGUGGCAUCACCAAACCGCUGCACAAAAUCAUGCUGGCCAAGGCCAUAAGAAGGUUGGCAGGGAAAUGA